AUGGAAUGCAAAGAAAACAACACAAGAAGAAAGCGGCAUCGCAAAGCCACGUCCCCUGCAGAUACCCAUCGCCCAUCCCCUCAGCCUGCACCCGUUCAAACCUUCCAGACUAUCCGAGACGCCAUACAUAGCCCAGACGUCCCUGCAAGCGAUAUUGGCCCACCGUCUCCUGUGUCUGAAGCACAGACUAGCACCCGAGUUGUGACUCAGGAGACUCCAAACUCAUACCGACUAUAUUUCCAUAUAUAUGACCACUGGCAUUCCCCUUCAAGCGCCAUUGAAAACACUGAAUCGACUUACAAACCCACUCCGCACCCAUCCACCUCCUCUCGCACGCAGGAGAGGGUUCCAGUUGUGGACUUGGUCGACAUGCAGUUGCCACCAUCGGAAAUUGCUUCCUUACUCCUGGAUUCAUACAUCCACAACACCCAUUGGUAUCAACUCGUAGUUCACGAGCCGUCAUUCAGGUUAGAAUUCAACGAGAUGAUCCGAUGUGGGUCUAUUCAACCCCAUCGCUUCUCAUUCCUCGUACUUUCUAUGGUCGUUCUUGCCAUGGGCUGUACCUUUGCCAACGAAAGAGCCAUCGAUCAAAUUCGUCCCGGCUUUGACCUGAAGGCGCUCCAGAAGAAGAUGAUUCGCAAGGUUGAAGCAAACUUCCUUGAGAUAUUUGAAAUCCCGACGAUUGAGUCUGCACAGGUGGGAACUCUGCUGACGACAUAUUUGGGCUUCCACGAUAACAGACCAAGACGUGCUUACGUCGUCCUUGGGGCGGCGUUGAAAGCGGCCUUAUCUAUUGGAUUGCACAAUGAAUCAUCCUGGAGAGAAAUAGACCCGACUCAAAGAGAAAUACGCAAGAGAUGCUGGCUGACACUCUGCAUUUCAGAGACUUUCAUUGCUGUCAAUUGUGGAAGACCUUCUCUCAUCAACCAAACACACUGGGAGACGAAAAUGCUGCGAAAUAUCGAUGACACGCAGAUAAGAUGCCCAGGAUUCGACUCUACCGAGCUUUUGGAGGACGGCUCCCGCCAAGACGUAACAAUCCUAUCCUAUCAGAUGCACAAGUUCAACAUCUACAAGAUCAUGUUUGACAUUAUGGAAAUAUUCUAUCGUCAAAAGGCCACACCCAUCCAGCACAUUGUUGAUCAAGCCAAGUCCAUCAGAGAGCGAUUAGCUGCAUGGAAAAGGAACAUUCCGCCUGAACUGAUAGUGUCAUCUUUCAAACCAGAUCGUCUUGAACCAGAAGUCAACGGAAUGAUUGAGGUCUUCAAAGUCCAAGCUCUUUCACUCGAAUUGCAUUACUACAACGCUCAGAUCAUCCUAUACCGUCCGUUUCUGACGUACAAUUCAGCUCGUCACAUGGACAUGAACAAACCGAGCACACCAAUCCAUUCGUCUGAAAUACCGCGUGCGGUAGAGGGUACGGCCGUGAAAGAGAUUGAUCUGGAAUUUUAUCAGAUGUGCAGAAGUGAGUGUUGGGAAGCAGCCAUGAAGACGACAAAAAUCCGCGAUUAUCAAGAUAUCCUCAGGUGGGCUGGAAGAACGCCCGUGGCUCCGUUCAUUGGGAUCCAUUGCUUCACUGCGGGAGCGGUAUUGUGCUUGUUUGCACUUUCAUGUCCCUUGACAGCAACUGCGCAAGAGUCAAAACGAGCUUUGGGCAAGCUUGUUACAAUGCCGCAGCUCUUGAACUCGCCGACAACUUUGUCCAAGCAGUCGGCAAACAUCAUGAAGGACCUCUUGCAACUGAUCCUUACAGAAGAGAUGAAGGUUUUGACGUCUGGAAGAUUGGACCAUAUGGACAGUCCUGAGCUCAGUCGAGAGUCCGCCGAGACUAUCGCCCAAUCUUCGCAGUCGUUAGAUGUGCUUGCGGCUUCUCGGCCUAGGGAAAGCCCAUACCCGACGCAGAGCAGCAGAAACGCUACCAACGACGGCAGGGUGUCAUCCUCGAUUACUGCGACGGAGGAUAUAACGGGUGCCAAUCGGACCAGAAACGAAGGUCAUGUGCCUCCACAGCAUCGUCCCAUAAUGGGUACGGAUACCUUCGAUGACGCUGUAACGGCUUUACAAAGUGGUAUGGAUUCCUAA